AAAUACUCUUUUCUUAACUUUUAAAUAAUCAACUUAUUGUAAUUGAUUUAAGUUAUUUUUUACCAAAUAAAUUAGAAGCAAAAGUUACAACAAACCGUUUGACAGAAAUUUUAGAAAUCAAAUAAGCUGUAAGUUGCUCAGUUAAUUAAUCUGAGCCAAACAGCCCCUUUCAAGUCUGUAUAUUUCGUCAACGCACUUUUGUAGGGAUAGAUUGAGGAGUAAGGAUUCUCUCCUUGCCUUCCCUACUUCACUCUCUCAUUGCAAUGGUCAAGAUUCAUCUUAAGAUAAUCUAAUGACACAGAUCACUUUAUUAAAAAAAAUUAAAAAUUAAAAAAUAAUUUUUUUGGAAUGAUCUACACCAUUGAAUUCUCUUAAAAUAAAUCUUAAGCAUUACAAGGAGGACGUGAAGUAAGGAAGGUAAGGAGAUAAUCCUUGCUCUAAAUUGAGGACUUUAUUUUAAAAAGACCUAUCAGAUAACCAGUUGAACCUUAUUAGAACCCUGCCAAUCCCAAUAGAUAAAAGAGGCUACCUUGAACCCCAUAAUAAUAUAUUAUUAGUCCCAAACUCGCACCCUCUCUUGGUUAUCUAUAAAUAAAAGCCAGGGUUGGGUUGGGCUGGCUUGUGUGAGUAGAGUUUAAUUGAGUUGCGAUUACCUGAUAAGUUAUUAUCAGAAAAUGGCCGAAUCUGAUUUCAGUAGAGAUGAAGAAGGAAGAGUAGCAGCAUAUUUCCCUGACGAUUUCAAGCAAUAUGAGGACGCUCAACUCAACCGCUGCCCAGUGGUGGACAAUUAUGAUGAAGAAAAUAUCUUCUGUGGAUGGGUUUUCUGGAGCCGAGAAGACGACCAAUCCGAUCAUCCUCCGGAUAUUUUGGAUUUAAAAAAGAAGAUUAAAGAUGUCCUUCGACAGUUGUCACAACGUUGGUUUGGAUGUCCAACACUAGCUCAAUUUUGGGUACCCACAAUGACAACGGAGGGCCGGUCUUAUCUUACAACUGAAAACCAACCUUUCGCUCUCUGUACAUUAGAUAGAAGAAUUGAUGAUGAUGUUAAAGAACUUUGUGGGUAUAGGAUGAUCUCUAAGGACUAUAAAUUUUACAUGGAUAGUGAGAGUUCUGACGAACAACUUGGGGUUCCUGGCCGUGUGUUCAAGCAUGGACUCCCCGAAUGCACUCCCAAUGUAGAAUAUUACUCUAUCAAAGAGUAUCCAUUGCGCGACCAUGCUUUACUUUGCCAAGUUGAACAUUCUUGGGCUGUCCCAAUGUUUGAACUUUCUACCCACUUAUGUGUUGGUGUACUCCAGAUAGUUUCAACAACGCCCUCAGAGAGAUUUCAAUUGUACAACAACUAUGAUUGGCUGUUUGUGCUAAAGGAUGUAGGUCUGUUAUCUUCAAUUUCACAUGCAAACCGUGGCACGGAUUUUAAUGUGAGACACACUGGAAAUGACAUUUACGUGUUAGAGUGCUUUAUGCCGCCAGGCAUCAAAGACUAUGGUAAUCAACAGACUGCAUUGAGGAAAAUAUUGGAAACAAUGAAGAAAAAUUUCCAAACUUUUAAGCUUGCUUCUGGAGAUGAACUUGGGGAACAUUUAUGUAUUGAAGAAAUUUCCUUUCAGAAUGGUGAGAAUCUUGAUUCUGCUCAAAUGUCCCAAACUUCCCAAACUACUAAAUCUCUACCUAGGGUGGAGCCCUUACAAAGUGGAGGAGAGAUGACACAACUGGAUUUGUCGAGUCAACAAUCAGUGGAUGCAUUACACAAUGAAUGGAAUGUUGUAAGUGCGGAACAAAGCAACAUUGAUGUUACUUGUUCACAGGAAAAAGGCAAAACAGAGAAGCCAAAAAGAGUGCACAAUAGAACUGGAGCUAAAAUUGAAAUUCCUUUAGAUGAUAUCCUACAAAAUGCAAAAAGGAGCAUCCAGGUUGCUGCAGAUAACCUCAAAGUUAGCCGGUCUACACUAAAGCGUGUUUGUAGGAGUUAUGGUUUCUCGAGGUGGCCACCACACAAUAAGAAUAUGGUUGGUUCCUCUCAACCAAGUGAAUCUUCCCCGGGUGUUGAUCAUCAACAAAUACCACAAUUAAGUUCUGAUCAGCCUUUUAGUCAACCCUCAACUGCUGUUGUUCACUCAAACCCACAUAAUACAGUGAUCCAAGAUGCAAAUAUUGUGACCGUGAAGGCAAGCUAUAUCAAUGAUAUUAUAAUAAAGUUUCCGCUGCCUUUGUCAUCGGGACUAGUUGAGUUGCAACAACAAAUAGCUAAGAGGCUGAACUUAGAAGCUGGAAGUUAUCAUGUCAAGUAUAAAGAUGAGGAAGAUGACAUGAUUUUAAUAGCUUGUGAUGAAGACUUGCAGAAUUGUAUUGGCACUUACAGAUUGCCGAGAACUUCCAUCAUGGUAUCGGUUGAACCAAAGUCAAUUACCAUUGACCAGAUGAUGGCCUCAUUUGAGGAGAACCUGCUAUUUGAGUAAACCAGACAAUGAAUUGCUUAAAUGUUCUAAUUUGUGUGGGCUAUUAUGUCAACAUUUUGGUUUCUUCAGAUUGAAACCGGAUUUUUCUUAUCAGACUACUCUUUUUUUUUCUUUUUUUUUUUUUUUUGGGUGCAAGUAGUAAGUUGGAUUUGAUGGACAAAAACACCUUCAGUUUAUGUUGUUUUGCUGCAUACCUAUGUGAUGAAUUAUUGUGUUGGAUGGAUGAGAAGCAUAUUUUUAAAUGCAUUGCCUUCAAGCUAUAACUUCUAUGUGCUUCAUAUCUGUAUUAAUUUGAAUUAGCUAAUCCUAGUUGCGGUCAUGGAGGAGCUAGUGUACAUGUGACCCUCAGUGCACAGUGACUUGUCCAAACAUUUAGACCGAAUUUAAGGUAUAUGAAGGAUUUUUGUAUAUGUUUUUUUUGGAACAUGUCUGUUUGUGUUCCUUCCUAUCUGAUCCAUGUGUCGAAGUGUGCCGCUUUUAGAAAGUCCUCAAGCAGUUAACAAAUAAAGCAAAACAUCCUACAUGUUAAUUUCAUGAUUGUGAACAACUUUUUCUAUUUCUAGUGGCAUAUAGUGGGGGUAAUGUGGUUGACAAUGUGUCGAUAAAUUGGGUAGUCAGUGUUCAAUAAUGCAAUUGAGACGGCAUGGCCAUUGUUGAUUUCUGUCUGGUUCUAAGAGUGAGCUUACUACCGACUUAUUUAUCUUGUUUACCUUUUGAAUUUGAAAUGUAAUGGUCAUGACCUUUUUUUUUUAUUUGAUGGAGCAGUGGCUGCCUUCCACCAUCGCCUCAGGAGUAUCCUAUCUUAGGUCUCAACCUUUUGAGACUCCUUGUGCAGAAUAGAAUUGCUGAAUUCCACACUGAAUUUGAAUUGCUUUCAGCCCAUGAAACUUCUAUUUCAUGGAUCUGUUGGCAAAGACAGUCAGUUGUUCAUUCCGUUCAUAUAAUAUCAUGUAUUCUUUUAAGUAGAGGAAAAUGGGGGCAUUUAUGAGAGUUUGCUGGUGGACAGUUGCAGCCAAUAGUUGAAUUUCGUUUGGGCGGAAAUAGUGAUGGAAAUUAAAUGCACGUUGGUUGGUAUUACUGCUUUUACAUACACACAUUGUCUACUUGGUAGCAACAUUGACUAUCCCACUACAUUUGAAUUAUGGUGAGGUCUAUGUUGAUUUGUUUUGGUUAACAUGUUUUUCUAUCCCUUUUGCUACGUUUGUUCAUAAUAUCAAGUUAGUGACCUGAGAACAGGGAUUUGCACAUAAAUUCUCUAUAUACAUAUGCACUGCGGACUGAUCAAUCGCUCUCGUCUUUUCUUAUUUUUUUCAUUCCAACUAUGGUAGCAUGUGCACUUUGGAAAGUGUUGGUUGGUAUUACUGCUUUUACAUGUGCACAUUGUUUGCUUGGUAGCAACAUUGACUUUCCUGCUAAAUUUGAAUUAUAUUAAGUGAGACCUAUGUUAAUUUGUUUUGGUUAUCACGUUUCUAAAUCUCUUUUGCUGCGUCUGUUCACAAUAUCAAGUUAGCAACCUGAGAAGUGGGAUUUACGCAUACAUUCUCUAUGUAUACAUAUGCACUGCGGAGAGAUCGAUCGCUCUUGUUGUUUCUUAUUUUGUUCAUUCCAACUCUAGAAAGUGUGGUUAGUUGGUAGAAAGUGUGGUUAGUUUUGUGCCCUUAGUAGUUCAUUUGUCUUUCGCAGAGAUGAAAUUAGCUGGAUGCAGCGAAAAGGCCUACGAUUCACUUUCAAUUAAUGAUGCCCGGAAAAUAUUGUUCUCUUCAGACAAAGAACUUUUUGAAUGUCAAAGAGGUAAAAUUCUUGCUGCUAAGCUCAUUUUCAUUCUUAUUAUUGUUAACCAAUGGAAUACAUUAAUGGCUGGAUUUACUUCGGUGGUCUAUAGUUAAAGGGAAGUACUAACCAUCUAAUUAGAAGUCAACUCUUAUUUUUGUUGUUUUCUUUUUGUUCUUUAUUACUUAUCAUUUUUACUUGCCCUCUCUUGGCCAAGAGCCGUAUUGAGCAAAAUUUUGUUGGAAUAUUACAGUGUGUACACAAUAAAAAUUGGAUUCUACAUUCUGUUUUAAUUUUAUUUGCUUCUCAAUAGUCUGUUAGGGCUCAGUUUGGUGCUUGGAAAUGGUGAGGGAAAGCAGGAAGAAAGUAAAAUAAAUGUGAAAGAAAAGUUUUUUUAAUUUUUCUUCCUUAUUUUGUCGUACAUAAAUAAAUAUUAAAUUAAAAAAAUCGUAAGAAAUGGUAAGAAAUCAAAAAUAAUAGGGAAAAAAUGAUAUUUAAAAGUUGACAUUUCUCCAUUUUCUUCACAUGUUUUCUUUUCUGCUCUAUC